AUGGACAGGAGUUUGCUGGACGACAUCAUCCAGAGGCUCCGACUAACUAAAAGCGGGCGGAACGCAAAGCAGCCGCUGUUGGAAGCGGAAAUCCGGCAACUAUGCCUCGACGCCAAGGAGAUUUUCAUGAGCCAGCCGAACCUAUUGGAGCUUGAAGCACCAUUAAAGAUCUGCGGUAAAGCGAGCGUACUUUGUCAAACUGAAGACAUAAUUAUUCACUCACCGCCAUCGCCUUCUCGUAUUCUGUCUUUCUUAGUUUCUCCACUGUGACAAUUAUUCCGACUUUCGUCAUUAGAAGCGACUUCGUGUUCUUAGUGUGCUCUUAUUCUCAGUGUUGACUGUACAGAGUGUUGCCUGGUCAGAGCUCAACUCGUUGGUCUCCUGACAGCGAAUUCUUUUCUGUUUGCUUUCUUUCUUUUAGGCAAACGGGUUUUUAAAUGCUCUAUUCAUCUUUGGAAAGAAACUUGUAUGACAACCGGCAUGGUUUACACUUUCUCGGCUUUUGGAAAUACUUUAUGAAAAUCAUCAUUUGUGGGAUUCGUGAGAAGACAUUUUUCGAAGACUGUAUUUGGAAUAUGAGAUGGGGAGUUGACAUGAUUUGCGUUGCCAUUUGAUUGUAACCUCUGAUGUUGGAUUACUUUCAAAUAUGAGAGUAAAGUAGAAGAGUUGAGUAGAUACGGGGCCGGAGGUACACCCUUCACCUGGUGCCAAGAGUGGAAAAAAGAGGGGAGUGAGUGAGGGGGAUUGCAUUGCAGUAUUUGAGGAGGUAAUGGGUGAGCUUGCUGCGGGUGGGAGGGAGGAAAAGAGGGGGUGUGGGCAGCGCGUGAUUAAGAUUAUAUGAAAGCAUGUGCUUGAUCAAUUUCGAAAUUUCUCUUUAAAUUGCUACAUGCUAGAGAUUGGAGAAAUUCUAGCACAAUGUGUAUUUGUUCCUUUUUUGUAUAAAAUUUGAUGCGAUAUGAAAAUACAAAUGAAUGCUGUCGUAAUGAGCACAUAAUGAGUAAGUACUCAUUAGGAAAGAAGCAUAAAAAAUUACAGGAAUAAAGUCGAAAGCUAAAUCUUUAUUUCAUGUCCAUCAGAUACGCCACUUUAAAAAAUAAGAAAUGAAGCAAUUCAAAACAAGGAUAUUUAGUGGGAAAUCAUAUGCAUGAUGCCUCAUCUCAGUACUUUACCCUAAAGUUCCAGUAGCUGUAUACGAAGGAAAUAUAGCAUCUGUGUAGUGAAGUAAUUUUGUUAUAGAUGUGGUAUCUCUGUUUAUUAUCUUAACCAAACUCUUGGUAAGCCCCUACAUUGUCAAAAUAUUUACCUGCGGAUAAAUUUCUUGGUGAUUAUGCACGUGGUAGUAAUUUUUUUUCCUUUCGUCUUAUGUCUUUUAUAGAUAUCGAUUCGGAAAAGUUAAUUCGUUUACAGCAUCUUUCAUUUAUUGUGGUUAUAAGUAUAAUAGUCCUUGCUCUCGCAAAGAAAAUUUUCUGAAGAACGCCAGGGGUUUAUAAUUUCCUGUGAUAUAUUUCCUGUGUAAAGGAAAAUCGAUCAAGUUAAUCAUUCAGCAUUUAGGAGAUUUAAGGUUCCUGAGGUGUGGAUAGCGCUCACAAGAUUUAUUGAAUAUAUGAUUGAGACUACAGUGGCAACUUAUGGAAAGUGCCAGAGUUGUUAAACGUGCAAUCGAUCAAUUAAUGUAGCUGUUGGUUGAUUACGAAUUUAAAGACUAUGCAUCUGGUGAUUAAGGUCUGACAAGAGAUUUCGUAUCACUUGUGGACGAGUUACUUAAUUGUGCUUAUUAAUGUCAUUAGUAAAUUGCUUCGUAUCCUUAUAUAUAUAUAUAUAUAUAUAUAUAUAGAUAGAUAUUUUAUUAAAGCUUGGUCUAACUCACUCUGAUGCUUUUUAACCAUGAAAAACAGAAAAUGAAAUAGCCUUGCUUUGGAACACCAUGCGCCUGUAAAUUCUAGAUGUUUAAGAGAAAUGCAUGAGGAAAUGGAUGAACUCUGAUUUGGGUUCUUCCGUAGAAGGAAAAAAAAUUAAUGAUUACUACACUCUAGGGCCGAUUUUCGAUGGCACUGGUCUUCGCCUGAUGUAAGUUUAAUGAAGGGAUAUCCCGUGUCUCUCCCACAGUCAGCCCAAAGAAUAUGUCGAAUAUUGUUAACUAGUUUUGGAUGUUGAAACCUGUGAUAAGCCUAUUGCCAAAUUAGUAUUGAAAGUUGUCCUUAAUCAAUAGGGCAAGUAUACUCAAGGAUGAAAUCCGCAGUCUCUGUUGUUGCACCUGAUAGUUUUUUCUCCUAUUUUCUGUCUUUUUUGGUUACUUAUUCUGUUUUUAUUCAGUAAUUCGGUAGUUAUUCUUUUGGGAAGGAUAAUAUCUUCACAAUAGGUCUUCGUUGAUUUUAGGUUUGAUGUUCAAUUUGUCAAUUAUUGAACUUCCAUGCUUAAAUUGUCUCAUGGCACAUAAUUUACUAUUGUGCUACAUUGGACCGGUGCCAGGAGUAUUAUGCGGUUUGUACAUGAAUAAAUGAUACUGAAGUGUUUGAUGGAAAUGUUUCUACGUGUCCUUUCUGAUAUGGAAAUUCUGAAUGAAUCUUGUGUUGGCAGGAGAUAUUCAUGGCCAAUAUUCUGACCUUCUCCGUUUAUUUGAGUAUGGAGGCUUCCCUCCAGAGGCCAAUUAUCUGUUCCUUGGAGAUUAUGUCGACCGUGGAAAACAAAGUGUAGAGACCAUAUGUCUUCUUCUUGCUUAUAAAGUAAAGUAUCCAGAGAAUUUCUUCCUUCUCAGGGGCAAUCAUGAAUGUGCUUCAAUCAACCGUAUUUAUGGUUUCUAUGACGAGUGCAAAAGAAAGUAUAGUGUACGACUGUGGAAAAUCUUUACUGAUUGCUUCAAAUGCCUUCCGGUUGCUGCACUUGUUGAUGAGAAGAUUCUUUGUAUGCAUGGUGGGUUGUCCCCUGAGUUAAGGCACUUGGAUCAGAUUCGCAAUAUUGCCCGUCCAAUUGAUGUCCCAGAUCAUGGUCUUCUUUGUGAUUUAUUAUGGUCUGACCCUGAUGUAGAAGCUGGUGGCUGGGAAAUGAAUGAUAGGGGUGUUUCUUAUACUUUUGGUGCCAAAGAGGUUAAUGAAUUUCUUGAGAAGCAUGACCUAGAUCUCAUCUGCAGAGCACACCAAGUAAGUCUGACUUGAACACUUGGCUGCACUAAUGACGUUGAGUGUCCUGGUAAUAUGUCCACGUAUGGCCUGGACAGACUGUAAACUAUUUAUUUGCUGCAGUUCGGUGCUUUCCCCAUUUCCCUAGGUUUUAUGUUUAAUUUUUUUCUACUUUUGACGUAUAAUGUUUUAGUGGGCUAUUCCCCCGUCUAGAACAUAACGCAUUUAACAAAGUUAUUCACUUUUAAACCAUGUGUAAUAUAUUAAUGCAUUUUAUCUGUUUUCAUUGAACUCCAUUUGAUGUAAUGAUUAUGUCAUCAAAGAUUUUGUUGGCUAAGACUGCAGAGCACAUCAUGUGACCCAGGACACCAGGCACUAAAUAUAUGACCUGCAUUCAAUAUAUCUUAGGCUGACUUUGGGGAACCUAUGAGUGCCCUGAUAUUUACCACAAGUGCCAUCUAAAAUACCGGCGCAGGUCAAUCAUUAGCGAAGUGGUAAUGUUGGUUUCGAGAAUGAUUUUUUGUAGACAAUGCUUCGUAUGUCUGAAAGUCUUGGCGGAUAUAUUUGGUAAUGUAGUGCACACUGUGGACUAUUUUGCAUAUGUGGUCGGAUUAGUUCUUUUUGAUCUUUGUUCUAGGCAUUGUUCAAAAACUGAAUUGAGAAUCAGAAUCGAUCAAUCUGGCCAUUUUACCUGUUUUGUCUGGUUUCAGGUGCAACCAGUGAGCUUGUGAGGAGAAAAGGAGAAAAUAGGGGUAUGGUAAAGAGAGAGAAGAGGAAGCAGAAGAUUAGAAAGGGGAAAAUAGUUGUAGUCGAAGGUAGAAUUGGUAAAAUAGCUGUGCAAGGAAGAAAAGCGGGUGACAAAGAAUAAGUAACAAGGAAAUUAAUUGUGCUCGAAAACAGGGGAACGAAAAGUUCAAUGGACCCCCGCACCUCGACUUUUAGGCUUGAUAAAAAUUAUUAUUUUACGUGAGUCUCCUGCCCACGAGAACACUGUUUCGGAAGACUCAUGUUGUAGACACAGAUACGGAGAUUCACAUCUGAUGGGCUCUCAUUAUUUUUCUUCUCUCCAGUUACCAGAUUUAGGAAGUGAAAUGGGGACUUGGUGAAAGAGGAAAGCUUUUGGGUCUUGUGGUUUGUGCGUCCAGUUUAGUGUCCAAAGAGCUUAGAUUUGGCAUAAACUUGGAAGAAAUGAAUUAUCGGAGAUGAUCAUCAUUCUAACUUAUUGGCAAGGUUUAAGGAUGGAAAGAAUAAAUUUUCUAAUCUCUUUUUGCUUUUCUCCAUCUCUGAAAGAAACUCCACCUCAACGAAUUCCAGCCUUUGUUGGAGAGAGUUUUAUGUUCAUGUUUCAUCUCGUCCUUGCACAGUCUAUGCUAAUUGAGGAUUAUAUACAAAAUAAAAGGUAUUAGUUACUGGACGUCUUAGGUGUCAUUCCUUCCUUUGGAUCGACCGUAACUGAUGGUUCAGAAUAACAUUAACUCCAAUAGCUUCAUAGACGCAAAUACUAUGAUGUCUUUCAGUAGCAGUCAUGGUGAAAUCGCGUAUGAUUUGUGCACUCUAUGGUGACGUCCCAACACUCGGGUUUUAUCUCACAUAAACUACCCCUUAAAUCAUUGCCUUAUCUGCUGUUUGUUGACAGAUUGUGCUGUCCAGAAGUUGUUUUUUUAAUCAGUUGCCUACUCUCAGCGUGCUUGUAGGAUCUGAGCUUCUUCUGUUUUCCGGUCAGGUUGUGGAAGAUGGAUAUGAGUUCUUUGCUAAACGUCAGCUGGUUACUGUUUUCUCUGCUCCAAAUUACUGUGGAGAGUUUGACAACGCAGGCGCAAUGAUGAGCGUGGAUGAUACCCUAACAUGCUCUUUCCAGAUCCUUAAACCGUUGGAGAAAAAAGGAAGAAUGUGUCCGACCAACAACACAUUGAGACCAGGAACACCUCCGCGAAAGGUAACUUGUAUUCUUUCCUUAGUAACUGUUGCUCGUUCCUUUUAA